AUGAGGGACAGUCUGCGCUGCUCUAACAUUCAGCCCGCCGAUCAUACUUCAGUACUUUCCGAUACUAGCACUUUGAUAGGGACGGACUCGAAUGCAUAUUCGAAGCACCCACCUGGUAACAGUUACCAAAACAGUAUGAACAGUAACAUAUACCAUAGCCCCAAAGCCAGCAGCCCGUUAGUGAGCUAUAAAACGUCUUCUCCGGUGCUUCUGAAGAGGGCGACAGCUCCAGUACUACCAAGUUUCAAGCCCAAAGAACAGCGAUAUAAUAAACCACAAGGUUGCUCGCUGAUAACUGCGGUGGAACUAGGCAAGAUUAUCGAUACCUCACCGAGGGAAAAGGUACUUUUACUGGACGUAAGACCGUUUACUGAGCACGCCAAAUCCAUCAUCACAGACUCCAUUCAUGUUUGUUUGCCUUCCACGCUAUUGAGAAGGAAAAAUUUUACCUUUUCCAAACUCUUAGAUAACUUGACUCUCAAUGAGCAAGCGGUAUUGAGAUAUAAACUGGCUAUUGACAAUCUCCGAAUUAUUAUCUAUGACAGUACUGCAAAUCAGACGGAAAGUUCCGUUUCUUUACCUUGUUUUGGUAUAGCUUCAAAGCUAGUAGAGUUCGACAGUGAAGCCAAGAAAAGUGUGUCCAUUCUAAUGUGCGGUUUUUUCCAGUUCAAAAUUUUAUUUCCAGACCAUAUCAAAACAAAUGCUAUUAAAUCAGACUGCACUGGCUCAAUUGAACCUAAAAGUCCCAAGACGAACCUCAUCAAUAAUCUACACAACACAGCACCGCAUAUGGCAGCCGCCACACCACUAUCAUCCCCACAAAUGAACCUAAAAUUGAAAGUGCCAGAUGACAGUAGAUCAGACCAUUCGAGUCUUUCCAAUUCUCCCUCCCCGCAUAAUAUACUAUCAGAUUCUCCCAUGUCUUCGUCUUCCCCCAUAUCUGCCUUAUUCAAAUUCCAACUACCUGCUCCACAAACUAACAUCAACCAAAUAUUCAAAUUCUCGCAAAACGAGGAAAUAAUGGACCUAGAAACGUAUCUGAGUGCAGUCAACAUCAAAGAGGAACACGAAAGAUGGUAUAAUAACGAUUCUGCGAAGAACUCUUUACAAAAUUUUCAGUUUCCAAAGAAUCAAAAUUUUCUUGCAAAGGACAAUAACAAAGACAAACUAGGUUUCCAAAUUAAAUACGAAAACUUGCGCAAAACUUAUGGGCAAGAGGAUAUUGAUUCUGUUAUACCUGAAUGGUUCCAACACCUGAUGACAAUCCCCAAGAUCGAAUUAGUUUCCCAGUUCCAGAAAUUGGAUUUCUUAGAGAAAAGACGCUUGAAUCAUUCUGUUUCUUUCAGAAAAAAAGAAAACUCAUUUGUAGUUGAUAAACCGUCAUCGUAUCCCGAGCAAUUGACUUCGACAUCCUCUUCUACCAUCAUGCCCCCAAAAUUCCCUGAAAUUGGCAAAAUACAGAAGAGGUCGCAUUCUCAACCGAUAUUCACUCAAUAUAGUAAAUAUAAAACCAUGCUCAGUCUCGAAUCGGAUUCGGAUUCGGAAUCAGAUGACGUUAUAAUUUCAUCAGGUGUCGAAUUAGGGGCCAAGAAUAGGUAUAAGGACAUUUUCCCCUACGAGCAUUCAAGGGUAAUCCUAAAGAAAGGUUCGCAAUCAUCAAGAAACACUAAACAUUUGCAUUCCACGUCUGAUGGCGGUAUCAUUGACAAUUACAUCAACGCAAAUUAUUUAUCUUUACCAAGAUUAUCCGUUGAGCAAAAUUCAUCAUUCCCAACAAGAACCACCACAACAAGAAGAGUACGUUAUAUUGCCACACAAGCGCCUAUGCCUUCCACGGUGCACGAUUUUUAUACAUGCAUAUUAAAUAAUGGUGUUCCAUUGGUUCUUUCAUUAACGAACGAUUUCGAAAAUGGUAUAGAAAAAUGUUACCGUUAUUGGCAAGAAGGUAAUUAUAACGGGAUUCAGGUUAAAUUACUUGAAAAAAGAAUACUGAGAAUGCCUAACACCAAAACUGCCAGGAAGAAUGAAAUCAAAAGAAAGAGUAGUAAUUUUUUUUCAGCAAACGCGAACUGCAUUGAUGAUGAUGGUGAUGAUGAUGAUGACGACGACGCAAUAUUCAUAAGAAAGAUCCAGUUAAUUUAUCAUGAUCAAGAAAAACCCUAUGAGCUGUUACAAAUCCAAGUGAAAAAUUGGCCUGACUUGGGUACUUUGCACAAUCCAACCUCAAUCAUGCAAGCAAUCAACUUGAAAAAUCAUAUAAUAGAUACUUUAUUUGCCAGAAAUUAUUAUCAUGACGAUCAACUUCCUACAAUUUUGGUUCAUUGUUCUGCAGGCUGUGGAAGAACCGGUACUUUAUGUACAGUGGAUUCCAUCCUUUCGAAUUUCGAAAUGUUUGAAAUUUUGCAAAAGGAGUUUGUUAAAUUAAAGUACCCAGCAAAACUAUUCGAUCCAAUUUCAUGGACGAUUAACAUUUUUAGAAAACAACGAAUAUCUAUGGUCCAAAAUAUCAAUCAGUUCAUUUUCAUCUACGACUGUCUGUUAUUUUAUUUCAGAUUACGCCUUGAUGAUAUACUACAAACUAAGGAUGGCAGUGAAAGCUUAAGGGAAAAUAUAUCAUUGAGCGUACUAAUCAAACAAAUCAAAGAGUUAGAAAUCUUAGAGACGUUCAUGAACGACAAAUUGAAGGAGCAACCACGAUAA